GAUACUUGAGGCGCGAUCUGGGUCGACAGAAGCUGAGCUGUGUAAGAUCAUGGCGGAGCGCAGGAGACAUAAGAAACGUAUCCAGGAGGUGAGCAAGCCUACCAAGGAGGAGAAGGCGGUGGCCAAGUACAUGCGCUUCAACUGUCCCACCAAGUCCACCAACAUGAUGGGCCAGCGAGUGGACUACUUCACCGCAUCCAAGGCGGUGGACUGCUUACUGGACUCCAAGUGGGCCAAAGCCAAGAAGGGCGAGGAAGCGGUCUUCACCACCAGAGACUCAGUGGCCGACUACUGCAACAGACUCCUCAAGAAGCAGUUCUUCCAGCGAGCGCUCAAAGUGAUGAAGAAAAAGGCUGAGAAGGAGCCCAAGGCUGAGAAGGAGCCCAAGGCUGAGAAGGAGCCCAAGAAGGAGAAGGAGCCCAAGAAGGAGAAGAAGUCCAAGGGUGACAGUGGUAAGGAAGAAGACAAAAAGGGGAAGAAGGACAAAGACAAGAAGAAGGAGGUGGCAGACUCUGGCGAAGCCAAGAAGGACAAAAGCGACGAAAGCCCCAAGAAGAAGAAGGAGGUGAAGAAGAAGUUCAAACUGGAGCUGCACGAGGACCAGCUCUUCCUCGACGGAAACGAGGUGUACGUGUGGAUUUAUGACCCUGUCCCCUUCAAGACAUUCGCCAUGGGGCUGAUCUUGGUGAUUGCCGUGAUCGCCGCUACGCUCUUCCCGCUAUGGCCCGCGGAGAUGCGCGUGGGGGUCUACUAUUUGAGCGUGGCCGCCGGAUGCUUCGUGGCCAGCAUUCUGUUCCUCGCCGUCGCUCGCUGCAUACUGUUCCUGCUCAUCUGGCUGCUGACCGGCGGGCGUCACCACUUCUGGUUCCUACCCAACCUGACGGCCGACGUUGGUUUCAUCGACUCCUUCCGCCCGCUCUACACGCACGAGUACAAAGGACCGCGAGGCGCCAGCAAGAAGUCCAAAGACAACAAGGACGGCGACGCAAGCCAGGCCCGCAAGUCAGACAGUGACGACAACAAGUCAGACAGCGAGAAGAAGGACGACGAUGAGGAGGAGGACGACGAAGACGAUGACAAGGAGCGUAAAAGCGGCGAGGAGCAAGAGGAGGAGGAAGAGCGACACUCGGACACAGACAGCGAGCGCAAGGAAGAGGAAGGAUCGCAACACAGCAACGGCAACGACUUUGAGAUGAUCACCAGGGAGGAACUGGACCAGCACACGGAAGAAGACGAAGACGAGGAAGACAAAGAGAAAGAAGAGGGCAAAGAGACUCAAGUGGAAGCGGCUCAAUCAUAAACUAACAAAAAAAAAAAAGAUCCCAUCACCCUCGACUGACUUCUUGCCCCCACGCGAGCUCAUCUGCCAUCCUUUCCUGCGUCAAUUUCACUUUCGGGUUUCAAAACUUUGUGGAUUUUCCAAAUAGGAAACGUUUCACAAGAAUUAAUGGGAAUAAACCGGGAAUUUAUCAAAUUGAUGUUUGGCUCCUAUUAGGAAACUUUAAAUAUAGUUAGGGGGGAGAUGGUGCAAUUAAACUAAGGUAAUGCCCUCGCAUGUGGGCAAGGAGAGCUAUCAGUUGUAGAUGUCUGCUUAUGACAGAGCAAUUUAAAUAUACGCUUGAAUGUGAUAGCUUUCCAUUCAUUCCAUUUAGUUCUGCUCAAUUUUCAUGAAGUUAACCGUUUGGAAUACACCAUUUCCAAAAUUCCCCAUCUUAAAUUCCCCGGGAAAUUUGAUGUCACCCCUAAAAAAAAAAAGAACGCGAAACAUUCACACAUUUGUACCGCCUUUUUUGGUGUCAUCGCAGCCCGCAUCCCAAUGUGAUGGAGAGGGACCAAACUUAGUUUUUAAAGGAACUUAAAAAGGCACUCAGAAUUUCGCCAAGGUGAACUUGAUUUUUAUUUUUUGGUGCACGCACGCUUGGUCAACAAGAUCGCAGUCUAGUUUCAAAGUUCAAGUCAAGGUUCAAAAUAGAAGGUGCCAAACAACGCAAUGAGUGUAGUUCACAAACGAGAGCACAGUGUGAAAGUGUUGACGAGGAUCACAUUCUGAAAUGUAUCAUUUAGAUUUGAUCAAGGAGCAGUAGGGACACACAAAACAAAUGUAAACCACAAUUAGGAUUAGGUUUAAGCAUCUUUCGUUUCCUGGAAAAAAAAAAUUCUCAGAGACAAAGUAACGGUGUCAUUAUUUAGUUAUUCGGUGUGUCUCUCCCACUCCUUGGUAGUAUUUGGAUCUAUGAGCUAUAAUUAUGCAUACCGUGUUUGCAGUCCAUGUAACUGCCUCUUUGCGUCUUCUCCAUUAGGAGGUUUUAAAUAUAUAUAUAUAGAUAUAUAAAUAUUCCUCUCCCUGCCACUGUGUUUAUUUAGUUUUUAUAUGACUGUCAACGUAACAGUAGAAAUGUCCCCAUCGGCUGCUUUUUCGUCCUGCCCUUUUAAUUUAUUUCACUCACUAUUCUUUUUUACUAUUUCCCAUUUCAUGUAGUCAUCUUUUGUCUCCCUCCACUUGCUCUUGUACAAUAUGGUCUAUAUAUGACAUAAAAAUGACUUAUCGCACAUUACAGCGGGCGAGUGGAAAGUUGUGGAUGUCAAUGCUCUCUCUUGUGUCCUCUGACCGCCGACAGUUGUUCACAUUUGAUUCUCAUGCAAUAUUGGAGGAUAAUUUAAU